CGAAAAUGUGCACUAUUGGACUUGCGUGAAAAAACGGGCCAAGGAAAACCGUUGCCUGGCAACGAUCGUGACGAGGAUGUCAGACAAGGGACAUGCUGCUGAUAUGCCAAGCGAGCACAACCAUCCGCCGAACCCAUUGACGGUCAAAUGUAGAAAGCUGCGGAACGAGUUGAGGCAACGUUCGGAAGGGCGUCUGGAACCACCAACCGUUACAAUCCGAGAGUGUGCCAAGGAGGUGUCAAACGAGGUGCAAACCAUGGUUUCGAAGCCAGCUCAGCGCAAGAUCUGCCAACGUUCCCGACAACCCGCAAAAUAUCCUAAAGAACCAACUCCUGGAAACUAUGUAGAAAUUCCGGACAGUUUCAAAAAAACCUUGGAUGGGGCAGAUUUUUUGUUAGCUGUAACAGAAACGGCUUUGUUGUUUUCUACUAACGACAACAUUCGUCGUUUAUCUACCGCUAAAACGUGGAUGAUGGAUGGAACAUUUGCCACCACGGCUCCUCCGGGGUUUACUCAAAUUUAUUCAAUUUUGGGUUGCAUUGGUUCUGGUGAUGCUGCCAGAUAUUUGCCAUUCGUUUUUAUUCUUUUAACGAACAAAAGCGAAAAGACAUACACGUCUGCUCUCGAGGAACUACUCAAGCCAUUCGUAACGUCUUUCCUGAAUGCAAGCGUCAAGGAUGUUUCUUUCACCUUACGCAAAACUUUUUUAAAAGAGUUCAGAGCUGCGGCCUUUCUGCAGUUUACUCCAAAAACGAUGCAAUUUUCAUGAACUUCAAAAAAAUUAAAGCGCUUGCUUUUGCGCCACUGGAGUUUGUGGAAAAAGCAUUUAAAAUGAUAGCAGCAAGUGUACCACCGGAAAUGAACCAGUUCAUAACGUACAUUGAAGAGAAUUACGUGUUAGGUCGGAUUAAGAAACGCAAAUCCGAUGGCACAUUGGUAAGAAACAAACCAACAUUUUCCCCGGAGCUUUGGAAUGUGAGCCAGCGUGUAUUACAACACCAACCUCGAACUACCAACAAGCUGGAGGGUUAGCACAGUAGAUGGAACACGGUUUGUAAAGAAAGGGGUUUUUAUCAAACGAUCGAAAACUUACAAAAAGAGCAAAAAAUCACGGAAGGUGAGAUUUUCAGUGUGCUGCACGGGCUGCCUAAUGGCAAAAGAAACCCGAAAUAUAUAGAGAAAGAUAAGAAAUCGAGAAAGUUUGCAAAUUUUCUGAAAACCAAAUAAUGGAUUUUGUAGUUGGAAUCGCCCUUAUCCUAAAGGAUUAUUAAAUAGUUGUUAAU